AUGGUGCUGCGCAGCUGCCACAUCGCUUUGCAUGCCGCGGCUAUGAUCGGCUGCAGUGCCAGUGCUGCUGUACGUCAGGGACCUGUUGCUCCUGGAACUCAGGAUGCUUGUAAGUCAGCCUCUGAAGACGUGGCCCUCCUGCAGAGUUCCAGAGCCGCGACCUCCAGAGACAUGGCCGAGGAGGAGCCGGCAAAUUUGAGCUAUGCUGUGCGUGGCAUGCCGCCAAUGUUGGCUCGGUGUCCAAGUGCACGUGGUGACAAUGACUGCAAGUUCAAGGAUUACACUUGCACGAGGUCGGGCGCAAAGAAGGCUGUGCCGAAUGCCAAGGCCACCCGGUCCGCGUCGAUGUGUUCUUUGUCCCAGCUGGUGCAGAAUCCGUCCGCGACUAUGUAUGCCAUACAGAGACAUGAUGGGGCUGGUACUCGCAUCGCACAAACCCUGCUGAGCUUGGCGCACGCAGCCCAGAACAACUUGGGUUUUGGCGGUUUCUUCACCGACGGAAUUUUCGUACUGCAUGCGCAACACGGAGCUGACGUGCCAAGAGCCAUGAGUGCUUUCAUGGGUUGCAACUAUUCGGAACUGGUGGUGGACGCCACCACAUAUCAGUUUGAUCGGUGUUGGAACGGCAGAGAUACGUUGGGUAAUGUCAAGGACGGCGAGGAGAUCCUUCUGGCAGAGUGCAGUGGCAUGGAGUGCCGACGAGACCUGGCGGUUCUCACCUUACCGUUUCUGUCACACCUGCGAAAGUCCACCUCGCUUCUGAGGCAUGCAACGCCUUACUUCAUAGGGAAGGAGAUGAAGGUUGUCAUUCAUAUACGCCGAGGGGAUGAAGUUCCACCCAAACCUGCUGCUAAGAUGGUGAAUAACCUGCAUUACGCAUCCGACGCCUUGUACCUGGAUUUCUUGCGCAUGCUCCGCCAGCGUGUGCGGAACGUCGAUGUUCAUAUCAUCAGUACAACGGAGGACGGCUUCCCCAGCCAAAACUUCGAUGUCUACAGAAACCUUGGUGUGCAAGUUCACCUGGAUGGUGACAUUAUUGAUGAUUGGGCUCACAUGGCUCAGGCCGAUUUGCUUCUCAUUGCUCCCAGUACCUACUCGUGGGUAGCUGGCCUGCUCAACGAGAAGUGUGUUGCAAUUUUCAAUCUCUUUGCGUACCCCAUCGUGUUGGACUGGAUUGAACUGAGCGCCGACUUGCACGAGUUCAAGGAUGUUGAGAGCUGCCUUUCAAAGAGAGGACGCUACAUGUAG